AUGAAGGCUUCUAUUCUGAUAGUCGCAGCCACCAAAGCUUCAACAAGCAAAAAAGAAGCGACGCUCACUGGAACGUACAAAUACUUUUUUUGGUACGGAGGCGGUGGUGAUCGACGUUAUCGCACUACAUCGACACCAGUCACCCCUCAGCGAAUGGAUGUUGGCGACUUCGAUUGGCGGACAACCGGAGCCGUAAACCCGAUCUGUGAUCAAGGGCAAUGCGGUGCCUGCUGGUCGUUUGCUGCCGUGGCCGCCAUCGAGACCACGUCAAACUACGUGAAUGGACGCCUAAACACGGAGCGUAGAUCGUACUCAGAACAGGUGAGCGGUCACUUUUUCAACGAUUCACUCUGUCGCAUCGCAGUGGCUACUGGAUUGCAGUACGCGGAA